AUGUCUUGGUUUACGGUGCUAAUAGCACUAAUCCCGCUCGUGGUGACUGCGUACUUCACUAGCUGGGUCUGGUCUAUAUUGCAAAACUAUUUGGCCGCUCGCUCAAUUGGCAUUCCCAUACGUGUCAUACCCUUCAGUCCUUUCAAUCCAUUCUGGACUCUUGUCGACCGUAAAAUUGUCUUUCUUCUCCGCCGCUUGCCGUACGUUGGAGAGAACACCACCACUCGCUACAAUUGGCGUGGAUGGGACCUAGAAGAUAGAUGGAAAUCUCAUUAUGAGAUGGGAGAUGUCUUUGUUCUUGUGACGCCCCAGUACAACAUGGUUCAACUAAACGACCCAGAAGCUACUAUGAGCGUCUUCAAGAGGGCUGUAGACUUCCCCAGACCAUGUUGGGUAAACGAUGUUCUUGGUGUAUUCGGUCCAAAUAUAUCUUGUGCAGAGGGUCAAUCAUGGAAGAUGCAGCGGAGAGUCGCAACUCGCUGCUUUAAUGAGGCGAACAAUGAGAUUGUAUGGUACGAAACCCUCGGCCUCUCGGAUGAUAUGCUCCGUUAUUGGUCCUCCAAGACUUGCGUCAAAUCUGGCGCUGAAGAUAUUCGCACUCUCACGCUCAACGUGCUUGCUCGAGCCGGCUUUGGCAAGUCAUUUAAGUUUCGAGGCCAUGAGGAGGAGAGACCAGUUGACGAGAUCCGAUCUAUGAGCUAUAGAGUGUCAUUAGGUCUCAUUCUAGAGAACCUCAUAGUUAUCUUAGCUCUCGGUCCUAAGACGUUAGCGUCUCUUGCCCGGUACUGGCUCCCUUCCAAGCUGAGGACCGUCAACGAAGCUGUCGUCUCGUUUCAGAAACACAUGACGACCAUGUACGAGGAACAAAAGCGUGCUUUUGCAGCUGGUGAAGAGAACUCAGACAAUAAUCUUAUGACACUGUUGGUCCGCGCCUCACAAGAAGCUGCCAGUGACCAAUCAGGGGGGCUGACCGAGAGCGAAAUAUACGGUAACAUGUUCACCUUCAACUUCGCCGGUCAUGAUACAACAGCCCACAGCUCAACAUUCGCCCUAUACUUUCUUGCGGCAAACCCCCAAGUCCAGGAUUGGAUUUCCGAGGAGAUCCAAUCCGUCCUUGGAGGUCGACAGCCGCACGAGAUAGAUUAUCGUACUGAAUUUCAACGUUUUAAACGUUGCUUGUCGGUACUAUACGAAACCCUACGUCUUUAUACUAUUGUUCCCGCCAUUAAAUGGACUGGCGACCAAGCCACGACGCUUACUGUGGGCGAUAGAACUUUACACCUGCCCGCGAAGACUAUAAUACUACCUAGUUACGGUUCUAUGCACACAGAUCCCAGGUAUUGGGGACCUGAUUCGUUGGAGUGGCGUCCCUCCCGCUGGAUCAGGCUGGGUUCUAAUAAGCCAGGCGACGAGGAAAUCGACAUGAACCGACGCGGUGUCUUCUUGGGAUGGUCCGAGGGCACGCGCGAUUGUCCCGGCAAAAAGUUCUCCCAGGUCGAGUUCGUGGCUCUCAUGGUGGGUCUAUUCAGGCAGUGGCGAGUAGACCCGGUCAAGAAAUACUCGGGUGAGAACAUCGAGGCUGCGCGUAGACGAGUUUUGGACCUCAUUAGGGAAGACAGUGGUUGGAUCUUGCUUCUGCAGAUACUGCAUCCAGAGCGGGCGCCUCUGGUAUGGAGGAAAGUAUAG